CUGGCGCUGCUCCUCGGCUUUGCCUCGCUCCUCUGGCUCCAGCUCAGCUGCUCGGCCGAGGGGCCGACCCCCGACGGCGGGCAGAGCCGGGGGGGUCCCCAGCAGCCCUGCCCGCCCCCGGCUCCCGUGCUGCCGGUGGAGGACGAGCCGUCGUGGGGUCCCCACCGCCUGGCGCUGCUCGUCCCUUUCCGCGAGCGCUUCGAGGAGCUGCUGGCCUUCGUGCCCUACAUGCACCGCUUCCUGAGCAGGAAGAGGAUCCGCCAUCACAUCUUCAUCCUCAACCAGGUGGAUCAUUUCAGGUUUAACAGGGCAUCCUUGAUCAACGUGGGCUUCCUGGAGAGCGGCAACGACACCGACUACAUAGCCAUGCAUGAUGUUGAUCUCCUGCCCCUCAACGAGCAGCUGGACUACAGCUUCCCAGAGGCAGGACCUUUCCAUGUGGCAUCCCCGGAGCUGCACCCACUCUACCACUAUAAGACUUAUGUGGGUGGCAUCCUGCUGCUCACCAAGCAGCACUAUGAGAUGUGCAAUGGCAUGUCCAACCGCUUCUGGGGCUGGGGACGGGAGGACGACGAGUUUUAUCGACGUAUCAAAGGAGCUGGGCUCCAGGUUCGCCGUCCGUCUGGGAUCACGACUGGAUAUGAGACUUUCCAGCACCUGCAUGACCCAGCCUGGAGGAAGAGAGACCAGAAGCGUAUCGCUGCACAGAAGCAGGAGCAGUUUAAGGUGGAUCGGGAGGGAGGUCUGAACAACGUGAGGUACCACAUUGAAUCACGGACAGCUCUGAGUGUGGCAGGAGCCCCUUGCACCGUCCUUAAUGUCUUGCUGGACUGUGACACAAGCGAGACCCCUUGGUGCACAUUUGGCUGAGCCCAUCUCCCCUGUGCCAGUCAUGUGUGCUGUACUGGUGCUGAGGUGCCGGGGCGCCGCUGAGCUGCUUGGAGCAGGCAGGAUUUUGCAGCAGCCCAGCGUGGCGGUGCUGGCGAGAUGCAGAGGAACAGAAAAGGCUGAGAACUGGGCUUUGCUGGGACCAACAAAAGAGGCUGAGAGUGGGACUCAGUGGCGUUGCU